CGGCACGCCUACGCGUCCGUUGGAAGUAGUUGGCACUCCAACUUUGCGCCUUCCCAAUAGAACUAAUCGAGGUCGACCUCCGGCUCGGUUUCUGACAGAUUAAGCCGCAGGUCAAUUUAUGCUGGUCGCUUGCGCGAACACAUGUUUUAGUAUUGCGCGGACGCCAACAGCGCUGCGCGCAGUUAGUCCGGUAGCAGGUGCCGAUGGGGAUAAACGUGUGCGCGUACUCGACCCCACGACCGAUCGAUUUUGUAAUAACUUUUUGUGUUUUAUAGUACGGUGUUCAUUUAUUAAAAUAAACCUUUUUUUCUAACUUCAGUGCCGAUCUUUGUUACUUAUUUCCUACACCCGCUAUAUUCUGGCCGCCCAACGUCUUUGGGUCUGGAAAGUUCGAACGCGCGUUCACCAAGAGUACCUACCGGUCGUGAUUUGUCUGGAUUUUCAAGAAAAUGCCUCUCACACGUCGGCGUCGUGGUGGUAGACUCUCGUUGGGUUCACACGGGAGCACCGAGUCAGUCAACGAGAACAUCACAAUGAACCAGGAAGCCUUAACGACGAUGUUGACCACCUUGCAACAAACUCAGAACGAGUUUUGUCAGCAACUGCUUCGCGAGGUGAGGUCUUCAACUCCGUCACAGGCCGACGCCACGGCGGCUGCCAUCGCUGCUGCUGCUACAUUCGCUUCAGUUAAUGGUAACUUUGCACAAUGUACGGCUCGUUACAGCGGCAGCAAAGAAGAGCAUCUAGAAAGUUUCGUUGAUAACAUUGAAAGUUACAAGUCAUGCUUGCAUAUUACGGACGAAAAUGCUGUUCGCGGUUUGUCACUGCUACUCACGAAAGACGCAGGAGUUUGGUGGCAAGGUGUAAAAUCACAAGUAAGGACGUGGGCAGAUGCGCUCGAUAAGCUACAAAGUGCUUUCGGCGAGCGCCGCCCUCCUUUUGUUAUAUACACAGAGCUUUUCUCGUUAGUUCAAGGCGAACAAAACACAGAAAUAUUUGUGUCCAAAGCCAGAGCGUUAUUAGCUAAAUUGCCACGGGAAGACCUAAGUGAGCGAGUGCAAAUAGACAUGGUGUUCGGGCUUUUAGACCGCCGAAUAAGAAAACGGUUAAAAAGAGACAACAUAGAUACUUUUGAUACAUUGUUGAAACAUUGUCAAAGUAUUGAAGAUUCACGCAAAGAAAAUCAUAUACCCGUUGCGGCGAAAAAAUCGAACGAUCGUCAAAGUUCCACGGCAGAGAGCGUUUCGCCGAAUAGCGCAAGGUCGCGCGCCAGCGGUGCGAGCGGCGUUGCUAGGCAAAGUGCCGCCGCCGCCGAAGAUACCUACGCUUCAACGUCGCGUGCGCCGUCUUCUUCCGAUCAACCUGACGUCAAGUCUCGUCGUUUGUAUUGCGUUUAUUGCCGUCGCGGCGGGCACAGUAAAGAUAACUGUGAAAGAUUAAAUAAAAGUGAAAAAAGUGAUAAGUGCGUAGAAAAUAAGGUCGUUGAAAAAGUUAAGUGUUACGGUUGCGGUGCCCCUAAUGUUAUUCGGUCUAAGUGUCCUAGUUGUAACUCUAACUCGGGGGUGUCGUUUUAUUCGCUCGACGUAGUAUCCUGUCACGUCGACGACGCCGCUAACCCGCGCGAGCGCGGGUCGAGCGGACACGACUCGUCGCAACCUGCGUCACCGCCGCCCGACGCCGCGAAGGCCCGUGUAUGGCGCGGCGAAAGUCCCGCCGUACGGCCUUGCGAAAGUGCUGCGCGUGCUCACGAGUGCUUGCGAGAGCGCGGUACCUACGCCGCCGGUCACGGAGCAGCGGCGCGCACUCCGGGCGAUGCGGUCAUGCUAGGGAUAUGCGCCGCGCCGACCGCUAACCCUUCGCCUGCGCACUGUGGAGGAGGUAACCCUACGCAUCCUGUGGGUGAUUUUAGGUACGCACAAACAUUGUUUUGUAAUAAUGAUAAUCAGACGCUGUCUUGUAAUAAUGAUAGUCAAACUUUAUUUUGUAACAAUGUAAGUCAAGUUGGUGUUGAUAAAAUCAAUGUUUGUCAGGUAAAUGUCAAAGCUUCUCCCCGCCCUCUUAUGGUUAUAAAUAUUCUCGGGGCGAGUGGCUCUGCACUUGUUGAUCCUGCGGCUAAGGCUAGUGUUGCUGGUCACACGUUGUACGCUUUCCUGCGAAGUAAAGGACACCCGUUAGUGUCGUCAACAAUGAGUGUUAGGUUGGCAGACGGUGUUAGUAGGGAUAUGACUGUAUUAACCGCGGAGGUGGAGGUGACACUGAAACACAAGACAAGAAAAACUAGUUUUGUGAUUUUUCCUGAUGCCGUCGGUAACGAGUCUCUCUUAGGAAUAGAUUUCCUUAAGAAUUUCGGUUUAGUCGUUGAUUUUCGCGAUGAUCUCUGGUAUUUCGCUGAAAAUAGUAAGCAAAAGUAUGAGUUACAGUUCGAAAGCGUGUCACCUCCCACUCUAUGUGUUGCUGCUUUAGAGGUGCUUCGGGAGAACGAGGCUACGUUGCUGAACGCACAACAACGCGAGUUGCUUGCCCAGUUGCUCACUGGGAACAGGGAUCUGUUUGAGCCAGGGGGAGGGCCAACUCCUUUUGCUGAGCACAGGAUCGACACGGGUGACCAUGCACCUAUCGCGGUGCUGCCUUGUCGUGUCACACCUGCCAAGAAGGAGGUGAUGCGAGCGGAAAUAGAGAAGAUGCUGGCGGACGAUAUAAUAAAAAGAGAUGGCCCUUACCUGGUUGUUAAGAAGUGCCUAAACGAAAUAGAGGUCGUCCACGUAACCGAGACCAGAGUGUUGUGCGAGUCCAUGGACGUGGGCGUCUUCAUGAACUCGAGGGGGAGUCUAUAG